AUGAUAAGAAUGUAUGACGGGGAAGAAAACAUCAACAUCAACGACCAACUUGUCGAGCCAGCUCAGCAGUCGAUGCAAGAACACAAUAACAUCAAUGUCAGCAGCAACAAAAACAACUGCAACAACAUCAAUAAUAACUGUUUCAACACUCUCAGCUCAAACCCCGACUACCACAGCAACACCAACAUGACCAACGACAACAUCAACAACUGUGACGACAUAUCUACAAGCAACAACAGCCGCAACUGUGGUAGAUGUAGCAAGAGCUGCAGCGACAACAAGCGCAACAACAUUCACACAAACAAGAACAAAAAGAUUGAUCAUUCCAUAUUACGACCCAAAGUCCAGUCGUCUCCGCACUCCAAGAAACGCAACAUGAUACACCGCACCUGCCAUCUCACGAAUGCCUACGAAAACAAAAAUGGAAAAGUUAAAUUGGAAGUUAACUAA